GCUUGCAUCUUUUUUUCCCCUCUUCGGUCUUCCAUCACCCCGUUUGUUUCCCUAAUCCUAACCCUAAUUGGUUCGAUCCAAUUAGAUCGAAUUUGAUCUGGGGCUCCCUACAUCUUCCCCUUCCUUUCCCUAAUGCGCGGCCUCCCGCCCGUCCUCGCCGAACAGAUCGGAUAUGGCACUUGUCGUGGCGGAGUCGGCGGGUGCGCUUGUGGAAUUGGACGUCGGCGACUCGAUGCAGUCUUUGGCGCGGCUCGUCGACUCCCAGAGGGAGCUCUUCCAUUCCCAGAUCGAUCAGCUUCAGCAGCUUGUUGUCGCCCAAUGCAAGCUCACCGGGGUGAACCCCCUCGCCCAAGAAAUGGCUGCUGGUGCAUUAUCAAUACGAAUUGGGAAACGGCCAAGGGAUUUGUUGAACCCUAAAGCAGUCAAGUACCUGCAGUCAGUUUUCUCUAUCAAGGAUACAAUUGGGAAAAAAGAAACUCGUGAACUCAGUGCCCUUUGUGGGGUUACAGUGUCGCAGGUCAGAGAAUUUUUUGCUGGUCAGCGCUCAAGAGUGAGAAAGCUUGUUCGCUUGUCACGUGAGAAAGCAACUAGAUUGGAAGCAUCCAAAAUAUCCAAUGAAGAACAUUCAUCAAGUUCAGACCAGCUGAAGCCUAUCAGCAAAGAGCCAUCAGGAAAUGCUGCUGAUGCUCUUGUUAUUAGGGAGAUUAAACCGUUUCCUGAUAACACUGGAACUCUUGGUACUGUUAAAAUUGACCAGCAGGACAUUCCGAACUCAACCGGCCUUGUGAAAGUUGAAGAAGGCUGCCGAUCCUUGUCGCAGGAAAAAACUGUUCCUGGUGUUGACUCUGAUGAUAAGGAGUUUUUAGACAACAUAUUCAAUUUGAUGAGAAAGGAAGAUACAUUUUCUGGGCAGGUCAAGUUGCUGGAAUGGGUUCUCUGCAUUCAAAACACUGCAGUUUUGAUUUGGUUUUCAAAUAACGGUGGCAUCAGCAUUUUGGCGACAUGGUUGAGCCAAGCGGCUACUGAAGAGCAAACUACCAUGCUUCUUGUCAUUUUUAAGGUUCUAUAUCACCUGCCACUACACAAAGCUUUGCCAGUGCACAUGUCUGCUAUAGUGCCAGCUGUUAACAGGUUGCGAUUUUAUAGGACAUCAGACAUAUCAAACAGGGCAAGGAUCCUUCUUUCUCGAUGGAGCAAAGUAUUCAAGAAAAGCCAGGCUUUAAAGAGACCUCUUGUUAGUUCCUCCAAUACAGCAGAGAUAGAGGCACUUCAUAAAAAGAGGAUGGGUGGCUUUCUUGGUGACGAGUUAUGCCAGUCCAAAGUUGACAUUCCUGAGUUUAUUCUUUCCCUAACUGGAGGUACAGAAAUAACCAGAACAACAGACCCUAAACAGACACUAAAGCUGCUUCCAGCAUCUUCUGACUCAAGUAAAAAGCAUGACCGGAGUGUCUCAUUGACCAAAUUCAAAGAACGUAGAAAAGUUCUACUGGUUGAACAGCCUGAUCAUAAGGCUGGAGGUAGAAGUGCACAGGUCGUAAGAAUGGUAUCUUCAAACCAUAGCCGCCCAAUGUCUGCUGAUGAUAUACAGAAAGCAAAGUUGCGUGCAAUGUUUAUGCAACAUAAGUAUGGAAAAGCAGAUCCAUCCAGUAGUGGAAGUAAGUCACAGAAAAAUGAAGAUCUCAAGGCAUCUUCUGCUUCUCAGACCAACAAUAUUAUGUCUGAGUGUAAAUCACCUCAAGAUCCUCCACUGAUAAAAGAGGAAAAUAGCAUAACAGUUUCCACAACAGACAAUCUUCUCAAUGAGUCUGAGACUUUGAUCAAUUCAAAUCCAGAUUCAACUCCAAAGCAAGUAUCUUCAGGGAUGCUAAAUUGCAAGCUGAUUCAAUGGAAGAUACCACCAGUGAUGCAGAUGAAUGUAGAGUGGAGUGUGGGCGCGGGGGAGAACAGCAAGGAAGUUGAUGCCCAAACACAGAGAACACGUCGAGAGAAGGAAACCUUGUCUUCUCGCCUCCAAGACAUCCCGCACGAUCCAAAGGAGCCAUGGGACCUGGAAAUGGACUUCGAUGACAGCUUGACGCCAGAAAUCCCCACAGAGCAGCCGCCAGAUGCUGAUGUUGAAGAAGGCCCUUCCUCCUCUCCUGUUAAACAGGUUGAUGAAGCCCCUGCGACCGUGUCAGCUCCUGUCACCACCACCGCCUCUGUUCCAUCAACCAGUGACGGGGCUCCAGAGCCGGACCUCGAGUUGCUCGCCGUGCUGCUGAAGAACCCAGACCUCGUCUUUGCUUUGACUUCUACCCAGGGGAAGAACCUCAGCAGCGAGGAGAUGGUGGCGCUGCUCGAUAUGCUCAAGAGAAACGGCGUCGCCUUGACUGGUAUGUUGAACGAGGUAGCACAGCCGGAGGGGAAGAGUCAUCCUGAAACAACUCCCCAGGUGCAGGAACCACCGGCUUCUCUUCCGUCCCCAACUCCUCCGUCGGAAGCUGCGAGAGGCCGCUGGAGAUCAGAGUUCCCGGUGUUUUCGAGGACUCCGGUGCUGCAGCCUCAUCUUCCCGGCAACAGGCCUGCAGCAGCUCCUCCGGUUGCGGCUCCUGGUUUGGCACCAUCGAUCUUAUCGAUGCCACAAGUGACAGCGGCAAUUGAUUCAGCAAGGCAAAUCUUUCCAUCCUCGAGUCUUCUUCCCACAGUCUCCAGUUCGGCCCCCGCUUUACCUCCCCAGACACCAUACGCCAUGUAUCCGAUGCAACAGUCUCCGGUUCCUGACUUCGGUUUGCCCAACACAGCAGUCAUCUCCUCGAUGCCUCGACAUGGCUCGUUCGAUCACGGCCCCUCUUCCAUUUCGGGUAUUCCCUCCUUACCUACUUUGCCUCACACACUUCAAGCAGCCCAUCCCCUACCCAAGUUUGAGGCCUCAAGAGCUCCGGCAUGGCCUCCUGCUCCUGGUGCCGCCGCUGCGGUUGUGAGGCGGGACACAACACCAGAUAGAUGUUUUCCGAUCCAAAACAGCUACGGUUCUCACCCCAGCGGCCCUGCGCCAUCGUCCCAUCUGCUUCCUGGCCGUAGAAGAGGGGAGGACAGGAACGGGAUUGAGUUGGAGGCUCGGAGCCCCACCGGCGGUCCGGCAACAACGUUCCCCGAGUUGCAGGGUGGCUGGAGCUACAACGACGGGUCGAGAAGGGACAGUGGGUGGGAUAAGAGGCCGGAAUGGUCAAGGCAGCAGGCUCCUGUGAGUCGGGACCGCCACUGGUCCGGUGGUGGUGAUAAAAGGUGGCGGGAUCAUGAUCACGGCCGGCGGAGAUGAUGAUUAGUUUUGUUCUGUUCGCUUGUUAUGGAAUAGAACUGCGCACAGGCCCCCGAGUUCUGAUUCCCGGACGCCAUGGAGAUACGAAAACUUAACAUUCCUCCUUCGAUUGCUAAUUAAUGAAAGAGAGUCACAAGUCAUGCUGCA